GCCUUAAACAAAAUGAAAGAUGUUUAUGAACGAAAUCCCCAGAUGGGUGAUUCUGGUAGCUUGCACCCAAAGAUUUCAGAGACCAUAUGCAACAUUGACAAACUACGUAAUGAGGUUCAAAAGCAUGAGAUUUGGCUCUUUGAGGUGGAAAACAGAACAUGUCCAAGAGGAGAUAGACGAUUAAGUGGUGGCACUGCAUUCGAACGACCUGCUGAAAUUAACCAUCAUGGAACACCUGGCAGGGAAAGCCCUGAGGGGAGCUAUACGGAUGAUCCAAAUCAAGAGCUGAGAGGGAACCAGAGAUAUCCAGACCCUCAUCGUGCAUCUGAAUUUGAUGAUGAAUUUGAAGAUGAUGAACCUCUCCCUGCUGUUGGUCACUGCAAAGCUCUGUACCCAUUUGAUGGUUUAGAAUUUAACUUUGCGGGCAAAAUAUCAGAUUCUAUCUGGAAAUCAGACUGUUGA